AUGACAGACCUUGUCUCUGAUGUCAACAACUCUGCUGGAAAGAAAGACAAACCGACAACGGUGGAGCCUCCUCAUUGGAUGACAGCAGAGGAACUCCUGGGUCCCUCCCCUCUGGAUCCCUACCUGGUGUUGCCGGAUGUGGUGCCCACCAGUCCCUACAAGUCCGUGCCUGACCUUGGCAUUCAAAGGGUCAAUGCUCCUGUCCUUACAACAGCUGCCUUCCAAGAUGCACGACAAGUGUUGAAGCAAGUUGGUCAGAACAAAGAGUUCCUAGAGGCAAACCUUGAGAGUGUGCUGCGUACACGACAUGAGGUAGAGGUGUACAGUAUGCUUGAGAACCUCUACCAGGACAGCUCUGUAACAGAGAGAGCUAGACUUCAGCACAAGGUGAAUGAUUGGGUAGCUGAUCUCCGGGAACAAGUAGAUCGAGAGGUGACAGAUGAAGUUGUGAUGAAGGAACUACAGAAGAAACACCUCCGACCAAUGUUUCCUACAAAAGAACCACAGGUGGCUCCCACUGUCACUAAGAAGUCUUACAGGACCACUGCGAGGGGCACUCUGGGGGCCAGGGUGGAUACAGGCCUAAAUCGGGACAGUACCAAAUCUGCUGUUGGGCCUAGUCUAGGUCGAAUCCCUGGGCCUAGUAUGGGCAAGGCUCCACGGUUCACAGAGAAGGAAACUAAAACCACAACUAUGGCAAGGAAACCAGCAAUAAAGGGUCCCCCACCCAGACACCCCCCUCCAGUCAGUGAGGAGAACAUGUAUCGGGUGUAUGGGAAGGCUGUCUAUGACAACAAGAGAACCACACAAAAAGAUCCCUACCUUCACUACCAGAACAAGAAUGUCCCCAAACCGCGAUCUCCAGGACGUCCAUCACAAGCCCUUGAUAUCUCUGGAGGGAUCGAGGUGAGAUCAGCUAAAUCUCAGACUAAAGGUGGUAUGAAACAGUUCUACUUCAGUCCAGCCACCGGAUCUUUUAUACCUGUAGCCAGCGUAACCUCAGCAGCCCCUAUCCCAGGCCAGUUGAUUCAAAUGGCUGUUCCUCUUGGUGGGCCCCGUAUGGAGGGAGGUUUGACAGCUAAAUUGACAACCUCUGGCCCUGUCACCUCUACCCCUGUGCCCCGUCCUCAAGUCACAGCCUCCAGAAAUGUGGCCCUCGUGUCUGUACCGUCAGGGGAGGAGGAGGAACAGAUCAGCCCGCAGCCUGAACUGGCCAAACAGGUGUUACCACCGGUGGACAUUGACACUGACCUGUCUGAGGAGUCGUUCGUGAGGAGUAAGACCGGAGAGGUCCACCUUAAGUCACCCUCUAAGACCCACUUUGAGGUGACGUUCCACGAGGACCUGCAAACAGGGGCCACACCAAAGGACUGGAGGAAUCAGGCCACCUUGGACGACCUUUCUGAGGACCUGUCCCCGGAGACAGCGCCGGGCCUCGCCCUGCCUGGGUACUGUGCCCCAUCCCCACCACCAGAACCAGUGGAGAUACCAGCCUUCCCACCGAUGGUAUCAGGGGCAGAGAAACUGGCCCAAGCCUCAGACCUCAUUGCUGCAGACAUUAAAAGUCGGGACUUGCUGGAGAACAAAGCCGCAGAAUGGAUAGAGCAUGAGAUUAUGGCCCACAUCAUAUCAGAGUUAUACCCCCUGAAGCCAGAGAAACCUCGGGAGUUGGACCAUGUGGUGUAUGAGGAAUCAGAAGACAGCAUGGCUGACGACCGGGAACAAUCCAUGUUCAUGAUGGACGCCAUCGGUCGUGAUGGUCUCCAGAUGUUUGUGGACAUGGGUCAGCCUGUGGAUAGCCCCCUGGUGGAUGCUCUCAUCAAAGAGGUCCUACUGGAGAAAGUCACCACACUGCUAGGUCAGAGGCCAGGGGAUGAGACAACUGUACAGAAAGAAGCCACGGAGGGCAGAACCGAGGUCAAACUUGGGGCCUCCAUGAAGGGGCAUGACACUGGGAGAGUAGCCACUGGCAUCUCCCCUGAGGAUGAGUACGCAGGGAUGUUAAGGACCCCAGAGCCGACGCCCAAAGCCAGCCCAAUAUCCUCUCCAGUGAGGGUCCUGUCUCCGCCUGUAACCCCUCCAAGCUCCCCACCAGUCCUGGCUCCAUCAAAGUUUGUCCAAGAGCCACGAGUGGUACCACUGGAAUUGGAGCCAGAGGAUGUCACCGAGUCCAUUGAUAUCAGUGAGGAGAUCCGGGCACUGAGAGAGAAGCUGGUGCCUGUUGGAGGGGAGUCUAGAGAGGCUAUACAUGAUGUGGAAACACCAACUCCUUCCCCAGUCCCAGAGCCACUCCAGGAAGAGAAGGAAGAACGACCCCUGACUCCACCUCUGCCUUCCCCACGCAGACCCCCAACACAGCCAGUCCUACAUGUACCUGUGGCUGUAGAGGAACCCCCAGCCCCUGUUCCUGUCCCUGCCCCUCAGCAAGAGAAGAUGUUGGAUGUUGUGCCUAGCCCCCAGCCUUGGGGUGAUCCCGAGUCUCCGCUUCCAGAGGAAAACCCGGACUUCCGAGAUGACUAUAUGGAUGAUGGAGCCAACCAACAUAAACCUUAUGCCCUGUCUGUCGCCCCUGCGGAUGAAAGCCUGGCCUUCCCUCUGGAGCAUGUCCCGUCACCACCUCCAAAGUCACCAGUUCGGAGACUUUCCCCCAGUCCCACUCCUUCCGAAACAGAAACAACUUCCAUCAUGUCGUCUGUGUCGGACACGUACAACAUGAGUGUGUCCGAGGGACAGUGGCUCCUGUCCAAGUCCGAGGGAGAGAUGGCUGACUUUAACCUGGACGAAGCUGCCCUCAAGCGAAUGGCCAUGCAAGCACGUCAGACUGGUGACAUCAGUACUGCCAGUACAUUCAGAGACGCAAGUGAACUAGAGGAAGACAUGACAGACCUCCAGGCCAGCGAGGGUGAGUUCCAGUACAAAGGUCAAAUUGAACCAGAGAAGGAUCCUAUGUUACUCCUUUUGUCUCGUCUACAACGACAUCCCCCUGACCCGACACCGGUCAGCCUCCCAGCCGCUGGUCAGUACGACAUGAGCUCCCAGCAGGUUUACGACCUCCUGAACCACACAGGGCUCAGUACUGGCGAGGUGUUCAUGAAUGGAGCAUCAGUCCAGAGAAGUCAAGGGGAGGUAAUCCGUGUUAUGCAGACACAGCAAAGCGUAGGAGAGGUCCUGGAGAAUGAGCAGCCAACCAGAGACUCUAACAGAGAGGCUGCACGAUCUAGCUAUGGUUUCACCCACUCUAAUGGUGUUUCCCAAUCUAAUGGUUUUACCCACUCUAAUGGUGUUUCCCAAUCUAAUGACUUGCCCAUUAGAAAUGGUUCUCCGAUGCGGAUGACAGACCUCAGGUCUCAGUCCAUACAGGAGGAGUCCGAGCCAGAGCCCACACCCCGGGACGACUCCUACAAAGAGCAUAUGCAUACAAGAAAUGAGAGACCACAAGCUACACCCUCACAGGAUGCCCGACCAUCAUCAUCUCGGGGCCGACAGUCUCCAGGGAUGAAGGGUAGUAGCACACCUGGCGGAGUAUCCCUUGGAGCGGGCAGAAUCUCACCAGGUAAACCAGCAAUGAAGAAACCCCCGCCAGCGACCCCAUCUUCUGGACUCCCUAACAAGACCAUGUCCACCACAAUUCCUCGAACAGUCCAAAUCAGAGAAUCGGAUGAACAGGAAAACAGAUAUAGUCAGGAGGGAGGGACCACGAUGAGUGACCAGGGAACCAGGACAUUCACACCGGACCAGAUGAACAUGGACGACCUCAUCAAGUCUGGUUACCUCACACAGAGUAGGUCGGGCGAGUUCGGCCAAUCAGGUGGCAUGUCUCAAAGCUUUGGCCAAUCAGGGCGUUUAUCUCAAAGCUACGAUCAAGCAAGUGCUAUGUCACAGAGUCUUGACAACAAGAAUGACAUGAGGGAAUCCACAGAUUCGUAUGCUACCCGCCAAAUUAACAGAGGGAAGUCACUGGGAUUGACUUACUCCAUGGAGGAAAGUUUGGCUGCCACCGACUCCCUUGAUGAGUCAGAACUACGGCAACUUGCCACAACUGGCACGCUGAAAAUGUCUGUACGCAUGCCUGCUCUUGGAGACAUGGAAGAUGACAGUGAGCGGCAGUCAGAGUUUGAGAUGACAGACACACUGUGAUAGAGCUUGAAGGACACGUUUGUAUGGCGACAGAUCUGAUUACAUUCGGUAUUACAUGUAGCCAUGAACAGCUAGCAUUACAUGUUUGUGUACCUAGGUCUGAUAUUUAUUUAUCAUUUCAUUCAAUUUAAAAAAAAAAAAAAAAAUAGAAAAGAAUCAGUUUUGUAGUUAUCUUUGUAUUUAUUUUAGACUAUAUUUUACCCAAAUUAUGUCAUGAUUUACAUUAUAUUAUACUUUAGAUACAUCAUUGUUCCAUAUAAAGCCUUAUGUUCUGUUCCACCAACAGAGAAAGGUUUUCUUGAGCUGUACAUAUAGCAUGAAUAUUAUAAUGUUUUACAUUCCGUCCAGCACUAGAUUAUUACCUAUACACAUGAGAUAUCUUGUACAUAUAUACCCUGUAGAAAGGCAGUGUCAAUUCUGUGGAAAUAGGUCAUCGAUGGUCUCAAGUCUGUGGAACCUUGGUGAUUCACACUUUUCAGUCAAUGGAGCCUUAAUAUAAUCCAUGCGCUUAGGUCUGUUGAUGGGGGGAGGGGUGAUGGUCAGUGGGGACUUAAUGUCUGAUAGUUAACUAUUUAUAAAGUCCUUUUUGCAGAUUUCGAAAAAUUAUGUGUUGUCUGGGGUAAACACAUUAUUUGACUUUCUACAUUUGAUUUUUUACAUGAGGUUUCUGAUUUCUGUCAUUGUUCACUUUACAAAGGUCACAACUUUUCCAACAAAUGAAAAUUUACUCAAACUGCUUUGAAAGUUUUCUUCUUGAGUGAAAUAUGAUGCAUCUUAUAUAAUAGAAAUAAAAUGAAAAUGGAGGUGUACGAUUAUGUAAUAUGUUUCUCUUAAUAUUUUUGGAGCAAACAAAGAGUUUUGAUUAACAGGUAAUUAAAGAAGUUUUAUAUUUUUUUCAAUAAAUAAAAUAAGUGUACAGUUCACACUAUUGAUAUCUCUCUGUACAGAGCAAGUCUGUCUCGUGGUACUUUGUGUAACUUUAGAGUUAUAUAGCUGUCUAUAAAACUGGUGCCAAGCUAAGAACAUGUACCAUAGCCUUAAAAGAAACAUGACCAGGCAGUCAUCUGUAAAAAACAUUGUUUUGACUUUGGAGUUUUAUUUUCUGACGGGGUUGAAUAUCUUUAAUUGUACUAAAAAAACAAAGGAAGUAGGCAGGGAGUGUGUUUGUAUAUUUUGAAUAUAUGAUGUAAAUUUAUAUGUGAAAUAAAACUGAUA